UCCGAGUGCAGCGAGCGAGGAGAGUGGUUGUGCAGUGGCAUCUGGGAAACUGGUAGCACUUGCAGCAUGGCUGACCAAUUGACUGAAGAGCAGAGUGCAGAAUUCAAAGAAGCUUUUUUACUAGUUGACAAGGAUGGUGAUGGAACUAUAACAACAAAGGAAUUGGGAACUGUAAUGAGGUCUCUUGGAUAGAAUCCCACAGAAGCAGGGUUACGGGACAUGAUUAAUGAAGUAGAUGCUGAUGGUAAUGGCACAAUCGACGUCCCUGAAUUUCUGACAAUGAUGGCAAGAAAAAUGAAAGACACAGACAGUGAAGAAGAAAUUAGAGAAGCAUUCCGUGUGUUUGAUAAGGAUGCCAAUGGCUAUAUCAGUGCAGCAGAGCUUCGCCAUGUGAUGACAAACCUUGGAGAGAAGUUAACAGAUGAAGAGAUUGACGAAAUGAUCAGGGAAGCAGAUAUUGAUGGCGAUGGUCAAGUAAACUAUGAAGAGUUUGUACAAAUGAUGACAGCAAAGUGAAGACAUUGUACAGAAAGUGUUAAAUUUCUUGUACAAAAUUGUUUAUUUGCCGUUUCUUUGUUUGUAACUUAUCUGUAAAAGGUUUCUCAUUACUGUCAAAAAAAUAUGCAUGUAUAGUAAUUAGGACUUCAUUCCUCCAUGUUUUCUUCCCUUAUCCUUAUCUUACAGUCAUUGUCCUGAAACCUUAUUUUAUAAAAUUGAUCAAGUAACAGGUUGCAUGUGGCUUACUCUGGAUAUAUCUAAGCCCCUCUGCACAUCUAAACUUAGAUGGAGUUGGUCAAAUGAGGGAACAUCUGGGUUAUGCCUUUUUUUAAAGUAGUUUUUUUUAGGAACUGUCAGCAUGUUGUUGUUGAAGUGUGGAGUUGUAACUCUGCGUGGACUAUGGACAGUCAACAAUAUGUACUUAAAAGUUUGCACUACUG